GAAAUUGGCUAGUGAAGUGCUAGAUUUUUGCUUUGAACACUAUUCAUUAGGUGGCGCCACUCCACACAUGAAUUAUUAUGAGUCAGUGUAGUGCGCCUCCUAGAGUCCAGCUUGCCAUAAAAAUCUAAUUUUUGGCAAAACAUUUUUUUUCGAGCUAUUGCCCAAAAAGUGCUUUGACCCUACCCCACUUCAGGAGGUGCUAGCACGAAGGGAACCACACACCUAGGGACCAAGCUUUCUGUUCAAUAUCAGUCAUGUGGGGCUCCAACCAUACCACGUUUCAUGUAUAUUGGUGAAGUCUAAGUAUAUGAUUUAGUCGACUGAAAAAAAAAGUGGAAAAAAGGUAGAAGAAGAAGAAGGGGAGGACAGAGAAAAAAGACUUAGACAAACACUACAUGACCGCCUGCGGGCAUCUGCGUCUUAAAAACAUCACAAGGCUUUUUUUCAUGAAAAGCAGAUGCUGGUAUGUAUUUAAGAAUUCAUGAAAAGGAUGUGGAUUUCAUCAGACACCUCAGCAUAUGAAAUAUUUAAGCAAAGACAGAGAAACUUCCUUUAAUACAUCUAUCAUGUCAUUUAUCUCGAGAUAAAAUAUGACAAUUCUCAGAAGUUAAAGAUUCAGAGCAAAGCAUCAGAUUAUUAACUUCUCCAGGAUCAUUCCCAUUUGUUGUACAAGCCUGCCACUGACGUCAACACCAUAGGUUAAUUUCAUACCUCCAUCUCAUUCACAGCAAUAAACUGAGUCUCCACAAACCCACCAACCUGAUGAAGUCAGUUUCAUUCAUUUUUUCAUAAGAUGAUACUGUGGAGAUACAUGUGUAUCUUGGAUGAUAAAGAUUGUGUGCAGCACGGAGGAGGAGGGAUUUGCCGCCUGACUCUUAUGCAGUAAACCAGACAUUGGUUUUGCAUCACAGUACUCGUGCAUCAAGCGCCCCUGUACCACGUACCCACGGACAAUCGCCUUAUAACACUUUCACAGUCUCUUCGGAGGAAACGUACAGUGUUUGCUCGAUUUAAGUCAGCAGCCAAAAGAACGGCGUCGACGCAAGAACCACUUCACUUUAAAAAAAAAAAAGGCAGUUGGAUGGGAACAAGAGAGACUCUUUGACCUUGGAAAAUGAAGAUGUUGUUGCCAUGGGAACUGUUAAUCCUUCUGUCACUCAAGGACUGUCUCGCAGAGAGAAAUAUCCGGCAUGGGCCUGUCUUCACUCAAGAGCCCAGUGAUGGCAUUUUCCCUUUAAACUCUGAAGACAACAAGGUAUUCAUUAACUGCAAAGCUAAAGGCAACCCCCCUCCACAUUACAGAUGGAAGUUCAAUGGUCAAGAAAUUGAUAUGGACUCCAACUACAACCUUGUGGAAGGAAACUUGUUGAUCAAGAGACCACAGGCCAGCCAGCAUGGAGGCAUUUAUCAGUGCAUAGCCACCAAUGCAAUCGGAACCAUCGUCAGCCGAGAAGCCAGAGUGCAGUUUGCAUUCCUGCAGCCGUUCAGCAGCAAGCCGAGGAAAACCGUGUCGGUGAGAGAAGGUCAGGCCGUUGUUCUCUUGUGUGGUCCGCCCCCUCAUUUUGGAGAUAUUAAAUACUCGUGGAUCUUCAAUGGCCAGCCGGGAUUCCUGAUCCGUGACAACCGGCGCUUCGUGUCACAGCGGACGGGGAACCUGUACAUCGCCAAGGUGGAGGCGUCGGACGUGGGCAACUACACAUGCGUGGUGAGGAACGUGAUGAACAACGCCACCGUGUACAGCUCACCAACCCCCGUGGUCCUGCGCUCGGACGCUGUGAUGGGGGAGUACGAGCCAAAGAUUGAAGUCCAGUUUGCAGAAAGCGUCCAGGUUGCCAAGGGAUCCUCGGUCAAGCUGGAAUGUUUCGCCUUAGGAAAUCCGGUGCCUUCCAUCUCGUGGCGACGCGCAGAUGGGAGCCCCCUCCCUGGCAAGAUCAAAAUCAACCACUCCAACGGGGUCCUGGAGAUCCCAUAUUUCCGCCCGGAGGAUGCUGGCCUGUACGAGUGUGUCGCCGAGAAUGCCAGAGGACGAAACGUGGCCAGAGGACAACUCAUUUUUGACAAUGUUGAGCAUCUGCACUGGGCACAGACUCUGAGAGACGCACACGUGGCCAUUGAGGCCAGCCUGCAGUGGGAAUGCCGUGCAAAUGGCAAACCCAGGCCCACAUACAAAUGGCUCAAGAAUGGGGAACCAGUCGCAACUGAGGAUAGGGUACGAGUGGAGGGCGGCAGAUUAUCCAUCUCCAACAUCAACGUGAUGGACGCCGGGAUGUACCAGUGCGCAGCCAUGAACCAGCACGGGGUCAUUUAUGCCAGCGCUGAGCUCAAAGUUGUGGCCUCUCCGCCUGACUUCUCCAGGAACCCGGUGAAGAAAUCGACACUGAUCCAGCGCGGAGGGGAGGCCAUCAUCGAGUGCCGCCCCCACGCGUCCCCCCGAGCCUCCUACUUCUGGCGCAAGGGCGGCGACUUCCUGAAAAACACUAAGAGGCGCACCAUCCUGGAGGACGGAACUCUCCGCAUCGCCAACGUUAGCAAAUCAGAUGGAGGCCGAUACACCUGUGUCGCCCGAAACCCUUUUGGAACAGCCAGCAGCACUGGCACGCUGGUCGUGAAAGAGCCAACCAAGAUCACAGCACCACCCCUGAGCAUGGAUGCCACAGUGGGAGAGAGCAUCGUGCUCCCCUGUGUAAUCUCCACCGACUCCACACUGGAGCCCACCUUCAAGUGGUUCUUCAACGGCAAGCUCCUAGAUUUCAACAGGCAGGAUCACUUUGAGAUGAUCGGUGCGGGCUCUGCUGGCGACCUGAUGAUCAGGAAUAUUCAGCUGAAGCACUCGGGAAAAUAUGUCUGCAUGGUGCACACUCUGGUGGAUAGUGUGUCUGCUGCUGCUGACCUACUUGUGCGAGGGUCCCCUGGCGCUCCCGAGGGCGUGGCUGUGGGUGAGAUCACCGACACGACCGCCCAGCUCUCCUGGGUCCCGGGGUCUGACCACCACAGUCCCAUCACCAACUACAUUGUCCAGGCAAGGAAUCCUUUCUCCAUAGGUUGGCAGGCAGUCAAAACAGUUCCUGCUGCUGUGCCUGGCCAGAUGUUGCAUGCCACAGUGGUGGACCUGAACCCCUUCGUGGAUUAUGAAUUCAGGGUGGUGGCAAUUAACAAUGUGGGCGUCGGGGAGCCCAGCGCACCGUCCAGGCCAAUUCGCACCAAAGCUGCAGUGCCAGAGACGGCCCCAACCAGCGUGAGUGGCGGAGGAGGGAACCGUGGAGAACUGGUUAUAGUAUGGGAGCCUAUCCCCGAAGAGCACCAGAAUGGAGAGGGAUUUGGCUACGUUGUGGCAUUUCGACCCGUCGGCAAGUCGACCUGGAAACAAGCCGUGAUGGCCUCCGCCGAGGCCUCCAAGUACACUUUUAAGAACGACAGCCUGCCGCCCCUUGGUCGGUACGCGGUGAAAGUCGGCGUCUACAACAACAUGGGCGAGGGGCCAUUCAGUGACGUGGCCUUCAUUUAUUCCGCAGAAGAGGAGCCUUCAAUUGCCCCUUCGAAAGUGUGGGCACGUACCCUGUCUGCCUCGGAAAUCCAGGUUUACUGGGAGCCUGUGCCGGAGAGAGACAGCAGUGGGAAGAUCUUUGGUUACGAGGUUGUGUGGCGCGAGGAGGGGGUGUCGGCGAGUGAGGCGGCGCGCGCCAGGGUCAUGGACACGGCGGCUAACAUCACAGGGCUGAAGGGCAGCACGCUGUAUCUCAUCUCCGUCAGCGCCCACAACAGCGCCGGCACUGGACCUGCCAGCAGCCCCAUCAAUGUCACCACCAAGAAGCCACCACCGAGUCAUCCUCCAGCAAAUAUAGAGUGGAACUUAACAAACUCGAAGAUAUUUUUGAACUGGGAACACGUGAAGGCCAUGGACAAUGAGUCAGAUGUCACCGGUUACAAGGUGGUGUAUCGUCAGAAUUGGCUCGGACGUGUCAGCAUCGUUGAGACCAACCGGACUUCUGUGGAGCUGCAGCUGCCCUCGGGAGAGGACUACCUCAUUGAAAUCAGGUCACAGAGUGAAGGAGGCGAGGGAAGCAGCAGCGGCCCCAUAAGGAUACCAAAGAUGUCCAGUCUUAAUUCAAAGGGACGUUUGAAUGCAGACCUGAGGAAAAUGUCAGACUUGUGUGCAAUGAUUUUUGUAGUGUCAUGGCUGAUUCUAUAGACUUCUGGAGAUUAGCAUUUAGAGCAAGAACAUUGGAAUGCCUGUCCUCACAUUGUGCAGGGCAUACAGUAGGGGAUAGGGAAUUUAUAGAACUCUUAUGCUCUACAGAGCUUUAUUGCCUUAUACGUUCUAUUUUUACUUCUUUGUCAACAAGUUUGACUUUCUAACAGUCAGCUUUUAUGCAAAGGGAAAGAUUUACUGACCUUGAAGCUUAUCUGUGUUUCUUAUUCUGAAUGUAAGUGAUAAAUGUUUGAGUGCAUUAUUACAUAGAACAGCUUAGGUUCAUUUCUAUGCUCAUGGGUACCUCUUUCGGCAGUGUGUUUUUACUGCAUAAUUUAUGAAAAGUGUCUCAAUAUGAAAUUGAACAAGGGAGGGAAUUAUUCACUACAUUCUCCAGUUACUUGUACUACUAUGUAAUCAUAAUGCAUCAUUAGAACCUAUAUAACCCCCCCCCCCAAACAGUGAAACUGUGGUAUAUACACAGUAGCAGCCUGCAGCCAACACACUGGCAUACUGAAUACAUGACUCAUGACUUCAAGGCCUGGCAUUUUACAGCAUUACAACAGAAUAUGCAGAACAUUAAAGUUACAUUAGACGCACCCGACAAGCUGUUCAGUUACUAUGGUGUAACCCCCUUGAUGAUUCAUGGAACCUAAUGUCUGUGCAUACAUCAUUCAUAUAUCUGAGGCCUAUUGGUUUCCCAUCGCUGGGUGAGCAUAUAGUUUCUUGUUUUGGACAGUGGAAUAGAAUUCAGAACAGCCAUGGCAUUUCCUCCCACUGGGUUUUGGAAGGAUUCUGCUGUGCUGUCAGUGGUCUGCCAAGACGUAAUGCACACACCUACUACAUCUUCUGGGGUUGAAAGCUGAAUUGUGCUACUUCUUUUAACUUCAGAGAUUCCUUCUCCGUGCCGCCUCGGGGAAGGGAUGUUGAUGUGACAAGAGGACCACAAUUAACUAUCAACACACUGCCUCUGAAGGUCAGAAUUUAUCAAUGAAAAAAAUUCACAAACAUAGCAAACAGCAUUGUUACACAGAGCACCUCUGGUGUGAGAAAGGUACUCAGCUCUGGCACCCAGAGGAAUGCUGGUUCAGAAUUCAGCCCCACUCCAUGUUUGCUUGGAGUGGAAAUUGGUCUUGUUCCUCACCCCCACCCCCCACAGGAGGGCUGGAGAGCUGGAUGCCUCCCCGUCUCAUCCUACCCCAGCCCAUCACUCUGUGGUGUCAGCCACUGUCAGGCUGGCAGUGGAACAGGCACCUGGGUAUAAACAGAGCCCUCUGCACCAGCCAAUGAGGUCUCCGCCUGUUGAAACACUACAAGCGCUGGCAGUGUGCACUCACUUGGGAUAACUUGUGUGAAGCCCUCCAAUCACAGAGAGGCUGUGGUUGCCGUGACGAGACAGACAUAUAGAGCACAUGACUUGCAUAGGCAAUCGUCUGCAUAUGGGAACAUUAAAUACAAUUGUAUACAAAACAAAUGCUUAGCGUAAAGAAUACUACAUCAUUCAAGUUACACAAAUGAUAAUUGCCAUUUUGCAGCUGUCAUAGUACUUAAGAAGGCUUCUGACAUUAGAAAUACCUCAUGAUGAAUGCCUGUGCCUCUUCCUGUUCGUGGUAAAAGCUUGUUUAUGGAUUUUUCUAACCAUUAAAAAAAUCAUGUGCUCUUUUUUUUCAAUGAAUUGCAAUGCAUUCCUGCCCCAGCAGCUCUCUGUGUUCAUUAACCUUUAUCAGUAGCCUUUAGAAUGUACCGGAUGUUCCUCUAAUUUAUGCAUGCUAUUAUUUUCGAGUCACAUUGUCUUGAAAUACAGCUACCAUGCUCUGUGCUCUAAUUACAUGCUUGUUGAACCAGUAUGAAUAGACCGGGAGAUUAUCUGUAAUAAGUGUGAUUGUGUGUAGAUUGUAGGGUUUAGUAUGGGGUUCUGAUUUCUUGUUCAUAGUGCAGUGGCUUGUGCUCUUUGCAUUUACGUUUCUUUUUUUAAAUGUCAUAUUUUUGGUCUCACCAUUUCUUACUGGCUGCUUUUGUUUGUGUUAUUCAAGUGGUAGGUUUUUCAAGUGAUUUAAUACUGUGGUAUUGAAAUCAGAACAGAUCUCUGUGAGAUGCAAAACGAAUAAAAUUUCAUAUUGAAAUGGUCAUUUUGUCUCUACAUUUUUAUAGACACAGUUUUCAU